UUCCCUUCCCUUCUUCCAUUUCACUUCUUCACCUCUCUCUCUCUCUCUCUCUACUCGGAGCGGUGCGGUUUACCUCUCACUUUCUCUCACCUUCCUCGCCCACCACCUCCAUCUCCUCCUCCUUAAGCAACGGCGCGGCGGACCACAGGGCCAGCGCACCUACCGGGCCACCACCACCGCACCCGCGCGGCUGCGGCAAUGGCGUCGUCGUUGGAAGCCGGCGGCGGGCGCUGCCGGGAUGCGUGAGAUCGGGGUCGCAUGGGGAAGGAGGCCGGCGGGGAGGGGCAGCGGCAGCAGCAGGGGUGGCCGCCGGACGGGGCGGGGGGCGGGGGCGGCGGAGGAGGGGGUAGAGGUAGCGGAGGGCGGGGGUGGUGGUUGUGCGGCGGCGGCGGCGCGCGCGGGGUGGUGCGGCUGAAAUGCGUGGCGGCGCUCGUGCUUGGCGUCGCCGUGCUGCUGUCGGCGGUGUUCUGGCUCCCGCCGUUCGCGCGGCGCGGGAGGGGAUCGGAGGGGCCGGAUCCGGGCGCCGGCUUCGAAGCUGACAUAGUGGCGAGCUUUAGGCUGCAUAAGACAGUUCCUGAGCUGAAUGGAAAUGCAUCUAAGCUUGAAUUGGACAUCUACGAGGAAAUUGGCAUUCCUAACUCCACUGUGGUAGUAAAUUCGCUACAACCAUUAGUUGGAUCAAACUGGACAAACUGGACAAAUGUUGUCUUCAGCAUUGUGCCUUAUCCAAAGAAUUCGACUUUAUCUUCAACAUGGUUGAGCAUUCUUAGGUCUUAUUUUAUGUCCUUUGUUGUGCGGCAGUCGACGCUCCAGUUGACUGAAUCUUUUUUUGGAAAUUCGUCGUCCUUUGAAGUGAUUAAAUUCCCUGGAGGAAUAACAAUCAUUCCUCCACAAACUGCUUUUCUUCCUCAGAAACCUCACGCAACUUUUAACUUCACUCUGAAUUUCCCAAUCUACAAAGUGCAAGAUAGAAUUGAUGAGUUAAAGGAUCAAAUGAAAACUGGGCUACUACUCAAUUCCUAUGAGAAUCUCUAUAUCAAAUUGGCAAAUCUGAACGGUUCAACGGUUGAACCUCCAACUGUUGUUGAGACCUCCAUUUUUCUGGAAGUUGGGAAUCACCAGCCAUCUGUACCAAGGAUGAAGCAGUUGGCGCAAACAAUUACUAAUUCAUCUUCAGGAAACCUGGGUCUAAACCAUACUGUAUUUGGCAGAGUAAAGCAGAUAAGCCUUUCAUCCUAUCUUAGACAUUCUUUACAUAGUGGGGAUGGUUAUGAUGCACCUAGUCCAGCACCCAUGCACCAUCAUGGUCAUCAUCACCAUCAUCACCAUCACCAUGGUCAUGAAGACAAUAGGCAUUCAGCUCCAUCUCCAGCUCCAGCUCCAGUACAUUCCCCUGUGCACGAACCCAGGUAUGGAGCUCCACCUCCAUCUGGGUGUCCAUAUGGCACUGACAAGCCAAAGAGCAAAGCUCAUGUAAUGCCGGCUCCUGAGCCUACAGCCAAUGAUCAUUUUGCUCCACCGGUUGCUUUGCCACCUCACUCACUAUCACCACGGAAUCCCAGUGUUCACAGUAGGUCCCCUAUUCCAUCCCCUCCAGUUCUUCCUGAGUCGCCUUUGCCCACUGUUUCUUUUGCUCACGCUCAUCCUCCAAGUGAACAUGAAUCAAGACGAGUUCCUGCUGGAAUGUCAUCUCUGGCCCCUGCACCUCAUUCAUCAAACACUCCCUGGAGCCAGCGGCGUUCCAGUUAUUGGGUCCUUGUACCUCUUGUGUGUAUUCUACUGAGCCUACUACUAUGACGAAGGAAAUACACGGCUAGCCCAGAUGUAAAUUAGGGAGGUUUCAGGUUUCAACUUUCAAGAAGAGGAUGAGGCACCGCCGGUUCUUCUUAUCUGGUUGUGGCCAGCCGAUCAAGCUCCCGGGCGGGUGGGCAAGCACAAUACAGCGUCCUGCACCGUCUCGGCGUGCUGUUAUACUUGUUAGUGCAUGUAAAUAUGGAUGGGGGUGGGGUAUAAGGCAAAUGGGUAGCAGCUGUGCCUAGGUCAAAGCCACAGUGGUGGCAGGCCCUUGUCUAGCACAUGUUGCCCGGGUUUUGCUAUGUGCUACUGCUGUUGAGAAGAGGAUCUUCAAGUGUAAAAACCGCCUUUUUUUUUUAAUAUGAGAGGGCAUAGAAUAUCUGCCUCCAAUUUUCAGAGGUC